AUACCUUCAACCUUCCUAACCGCUGGAGAUGCUCACAGUGUUGCACAUGCUCUCUCUCCGUCAUCUUCCUCUCUGUUCUCAGAUUUGAUCCGUCGAUUCGCCACCUCUAGUUCUUCUUCCUUUGUCGCUCCUCUCAAAUUAUCUACCACCAAUCACGCUCUGACCUCGAACCGACUCCAAAGGCGCCAUUUCUGGCUCCAUUCGAGCCGUCAAUUUCGGUCAUUCCCGGCGGUAACGGCAGCUCUGUUGAUGACAAAUUUGGUUGGCUUUAGUCUUCUUCAAGAGCUAGGAAUCAAUGAAAUCAUCAAGGUGACAGGAAGCGAUGACAAAGACGACGAGGGCAUAGCAAAUGAG